UUUAUUUUUAAAUUAGAAUCACGUUUCCAUCACAUGCAUCUAUUGUUUAUUGCUAGUGGUUUUGAUACUAAUUAUGACAACAAAGACCCGCAUCUCUAUCUUCGAUAGUUUCUACUUAGUUCAAGUUCACUGGGUUUCAAAAUGCACAUGAAUUUUUGGACACACACAGAGAUUGCCAAAUGAAUACAAAUAAAAGCACAUACUUUGAACUACAAAGAUAGGUACCUCAACUAAAAUGACGUCUAAAGAAAAAAAAGGAAAUCAAAUUAUUCCAAUAAUAGAUUUGAAAGAAAUAGAGAAUCUCAAAAGCAGAAUACAUGAAGAGAUUGACUGUGAUGAAACCAAGCUUCUUAUCAGUCUUAUUAAAGCCCUUGCAAAUAAUGAUGUAGGCAAAGUUGCUAUAAUUUUAGAAAAAGGCUCUUGCAACGCAAAUCGCAGACUUCCUGAGUACUGCAACGGAACAUUACUCCACUUGGCGGCCUCAACAGGAAAUGUUCAAAUAGCCUAUUUGCUAAUAUUAAACCAAAUUGAUAUUAAUGUUCUGAAUUCUGCGCAAAAUUCUGCACUAAUGGUAGCUAUAAAAGCAGAAAAAAAUGAAAUGAUUCAGUAUCUUGUACAUGCUGGUGCGGACUUAACUUUAAAGGGUAUUGAUGGAAUGACUUGUUUGCAUGUAGCAGCAGAAUAUGGAAACCUUGAAGCAUGCAAAGUUAUUCUAGAUUCCAGCUUCGCUCACAAAAAUUUUGUAAAUCUUCAAGACGAUAAUGGUUGGACUCCAUUGGCCUGGGCUUGUGACUAUAACUUCUUCGAUAUUGCCAAGUAUUUCAUAUCCAACGGGGCAGAUAUCAACAUAAGAGAUGUUCAGCAUAACGUGCCAUUACACUGGGCAGCUUUCAAGGGUAACACCCAAGUAGUUGAAUUACUUCUCAGCUUUAAUGCAGAUAUCAAUGUUCAAAAUGUUCACGGAGAUACACCUUUGCAUUUGAGUGCAAGAGAUGAUCAUUAUAACUGUGUAAUUAUGCUGUUGUCAAGAAAAGCUGAUGUUUCCACUAUAAAUUCAGAUAAUUCAACAGCAUUAAAUUCUAGUGUUGCAAAUGGAUUGUGUUUUUCAACUUUAAAAUUGGCUACUGAAUUGAAUUUGAAAGACAAAUCAAAAGCGACAGGAUUACUAUCAAGUGAUAUUUCAAGGGGCAGAGAACUGAACCCCAUUCCGUGCUACAACAACGUAGAUAAUGAAAAAGAACCAAACGAAUAUACAUACAUAACAAAAAACUGUCAAAGUUCUAAUAGUUUUCAAAUAGACACCAAAUUACCUACAAUAAAAUCUUGUACUUGUGUGGACAUAUGUAAAUCUACAGAAUGCAAUUGUGCAAAAUUGUCUUUAAAAUGUUGGUAUAAUCAGGGAAAGUUGAUACCGGACUUCAAUUUGGUUGGUGAAGAAGAUUCUCCCACGAUUUUCGAAUGCAACGAUUUUUGUACAUGCAACGCAAUUUUAUGCAAUAACAGACUGGUUCAAAAGUCAUCCACUGAAAGAUUUGAGUUAUUAAGAACGACAAAAAAGGGUUGGUCCGUAAAAACUUUAAGUUUUAUUCCUAUGGGAAAUUAUGUUUGCGAAUAUAUUGGGGAAAUAUUGACAGAUAUGGAAGCGGAUCGAAGGGAAGAUGAUGCAUAUUUGUUUGAUCUUGACAAUAAGGACACCGAUUCUUUUUGUAUUGAUGCCAAAUUUUAUGGAAACUUUUCAAGGUUUAUCAAUCAUUCAUGUGAACCCAAUUUACAUCCAGUUAAAGUUUUUGUAGAGCAUCAUGACCGUAGAUUUCCUAGGAUAGCUCUUUUUGCUAAAAAUAAUAUUGAAGCUAAUCAGGAGUUAAGUUUUGAUUAUGGCGAAAGAUUCUGGCAAGUGAAACGAAAAUGGUUUACUUGCGAGUGUGGCACAAGUUCUUGUAAAUAUUCCAAGGAUACAAUUGGUGCAACGUUAGGGUUGCGAGGUGCCCGAAAAAAAAAAUGUCCAGUUUCAAAAAAAAGAAGAAAACAAAAAUAAUGUAUGACAUCGUAUGAAGUGAAAUUAAGUUGGUUUAAGUAACUUGUUAUAUUCUAAUGUUAAUUUUAAUAUUUGUAAGAAUAACUAGAGAUAAGUGUAUCUACCCUUGCAAGAGUUUGUUUGCCCAUUCGCUUGUAUUAAUUAUUUGUGCCUUUUAGAAAAAAAGAAUCAACAAUUUUAGCAACA